AUGGUGAAUGCAUAUUGUCAGUUAGCAAGUGGCGGGUCAAGUUCAAAGCAAGACGCCCUGCAGGCUAAUUGUCAUAGUGAAACCGACUCUGAAGAGGAUGAGGACGUAGUUGGGACAUUUUCACAUCGGUGCAACACCCUGUCGCAUCGGGUUGUUGAAAAGGAUGAUGUCCCAUUGAAAGAGACAAUUAUGGAAGAAGCGAAGGCUCGAAUUUGUAGGGCCAAAGGCUUAAUGUACAUUGAUGUAAAGAUCAAUGGGAAAACAAUUAGGGCUAUGGUGGAUACUGGUGCUAUCUACAACUACCUUACAUGUACCGAAGUAGAGCGGCUCGGACUUGUUCUAGAAAAGGAUAGUAGAAAUGUCAAAGCAAUCAACUCCGCUGCUCAACCAAUGGCUGGAGUGGCGAAAUCGGUGUUGAUCAAAGCAGGUCCUUUCAAGGGAAAGAUAAAUUUAUCUGCAGUUCAGAUGGAUGAUUUCAAACUUAUUCUAGGAUUGAAAUUUCUUCGGGAUACUAAGACAGCAGUGUUGCCAUAUUUCGAUUCGUUAAUGAUGAUGGGUAAUAAGUUGCUUAUUCAGGAAUUUGAGGACAUCAUGCCGGAAGAAUUAGCAAAGAAAUUACCACCAAGAAGGACGAUUGAUCAUGAGAUUGAACUUAUUCCAGGCGCCAAACCUCCCGCCAGGGCACCAUACCAUAUGUCUCAACCUAAGCUUGAAGAACUUAGGAAGCAAUUGGGAGAAAUGUUGGAGAGUAGAAUCAUUGUGCCUGCGAAGUCGCCAUACGGAGCUCCUGUAUUGUUUCAGAAAAAGGCCGAUGGUUCUCUUAGAAUGUUCUUAGAUGAUUUUGUCGUGGUAUACUUGGAUGACAUAGUAAUCUACAGCGAGACAUUGGAGGAACAUGUCCAGCAUGUGAGGCAAGUUUUUAAUCGGUUACGGGAGAAUGAACUUUAUGUUAAGCCGUCUAAAUGCUCAUUUGCUCAGACAUCUAUCAAUUUCUUGGGCCACAUCAUUGAACAAGGUAAAAUCCGCAUGGAUUCGAAGAAGGUUACAACCAUCAAAGAUUGGCAACCAUCAAAAACCGUACAUGAUGUACGUUCAUUUCUUGGGUUAAGCAAUUACUAUCGAAGAUUUGUGAAAGGCUACUCAGAAAUUGCACUGCCACUUACUGAAUUGACAAAGAAGGAUAAGGAUUGGGGUUGGUCAUCCCAAUGCCAAGCUGCUUUUGAAAGGUUCAAGAAGUCCAUGUCGACAAACCCAAUUUUAGCCUUACCGGAUAUGGCUAAACUAUUUGAAGUUCAUACAAAUGCUUCAGAUUUUACACUUGGUGGAGUCCUCAUGCAAGAAGAAUAUCCGGUAGCAUAUGAGAGCCGGAAGUUAAAGACAGAACAUCAUUACUCGGCAUAUGAAAAUGAAUUAUUGGCAGUAGUCCAUUGUCUUAGAGGAUGGCGUCACUAUCUACUUGGGUCUCCAUUUAUUGUGAAGACAGAUAACACUGUAGGAGCACAGUCUCCACAAACACUAGAGACCAAUUCGAACACUUAUGGAGAAGGGCCCGGAUACCCAAUAUUUGGUCGACCUCAUCAAAAUGCCAUGACACAAUUUGGGCAGGGCAUCUCGGAGAGGAACGCACUUGUGCACUACUGUAACGUGCAUACUACUGGCCUCAAAUGCGGGACGACAUUGCAACAUUUUGUGUUGAAGCCAUACUUUGCGGAUAAGGAGGACACAUCUAGAAAUGAGCCAAAGCGACAUGUGUUUGAACUGAAGAAAGCUGGAAAGAAGGUUGCUGAAGCUAUUCUUGACCAUUGA